UACAAGUUGCAUUUGUUUCAGUCUACGGUGUGCAAACGCAUAAUGGAGAAGCUAGGACAAGUCGACAUGGAUCAUCAACAGCGUCGGGUAGUCUGUAUAUCGCAGGACAGUUUCUACCGCAACCUAACGCCCGCUGAGAACCUGAAAGCUGAGAAGGGACAGUACAACUUUGAUCAUCCCGAUGCCUUCGACGACGAUCUAAUUUUGCAGACGCUGCAGGAUAUACUUGCCGGCGUCAAGUGUGAAAUACCAGCCUACGAUUACAGAUCAAACAGUUUGAUGAAAGAUCAAGUUACCACGAUAUAUCCUGCUGACGUAGUACUGUUCGAAGGAAUACUGGUAUUUUAUUUUCCCAAAAUUCGGGAUUUGUUUCACAUGAAAUUGUUCGUGGACACCGAUUCCGACACCAGACUCGCGAGGAGAGUGCCGAGAGACAUAAAGGAACGUGGAAGGGAUUUGGAUUAUGUUCUGAAUCAAUACAUGAACUUUGUAAAGCCGGCUUUCGAAGAGUUUUGCCUGCCGACAAAAAAGUUUGCGGAUGUUAUAAUACCGAGGGGAGCAGAUAACACAGUGGCGAUAGAUCUGAUAGUGCAGCACAUAAGAGACUUCUUAAGCAACCGAGGUAGGCAAAUGGCGGAACCUGAAAGUCCAAUAAGCAGGAUAGAAGGAUUAUUCAAGAGACCGCAUUAAUUCUUGAGACCUUAACAUGUUUAGAGCGACUCGCCAAGUCAUGCUUUAUUUCCUUUCAAUACUCUGGAUAUAUCUUUUUUAUAUAAUUUUAAUUAGAUGAAGAGCGUAAAGAGACAUCUUUUUAGAUCAAUGUUUUAGAAGGCAUCGUGUUGCAUUUUAAUGAUAUUUAUAUAACGAUAGCGUUUGCAUUGUGCACUAACAUUUGAGUGGAAAUUAUUGAAGAAUCACAAAAUUAAAAGCUUAUAUUUAGGUAUUUAUGUAGACUAUACAGGAUGUAAUCAAGAUAUAUAGCAAAGCUGCGAGAGCAGUAAGAUGUACACAUGCCUAACAGGAUCACUUUAGCAUCAUCUACAGUUUACAAUUUAGGCGUAGCAAAUACCUUCGAGUUGCAUCCUGCAUACGUAGGUCAGAAAGGCACUAAUAUCAAAUGGCGUGUACUAUUACAUGGCACAAUUGAAACUGUUACUUUGUAGAAGAAAUUAAAGAUUGUUAAAAUAUAACGAUAUUUACGAGGCUUGUAUAAUACGGAAAUAGACAUUAUUGUCCUUGU